CCCUCUCUCACUGUGGACUCACGGAGCCCCAGCAGCAGCAGUGGCAGGAGCAGCAGAACCCCAUGAAUGACCUUAGCGGGUGCAGGGAAGGGGGUCCCUCCUCCCCCUCCCUCCCGCCUGGCGUGCCGUUACCUUCACCAACUUGCCCGCCGUCGCCAGCACCGCCCAGCCUGACAUCGACCUCGCCUGCAGCGCCCAGCCCUCUCCCUCCCUCGCCCUCACCGCCCAGCCCUCGCCUACACCGCCAUCUCCUGCACUUCAACCGCCUGGCGUUCCGCCUCCAUCCCUCACCUUCUCUUCCCAGCCUUGCACCACCACCACCUCCUGCGCCGCUUCCUGCAUGGCGUGCUGCCACCUUCGCUGGAGCCGCCCCGCCUUGCACCACCACCACCUCCUGCGCCGCUUCCUGCAUGGCGUGCUGCCACCUUCGCUGGAGCCGCCCAGCCGCUCAUCCGCCGUAGCUUAUAUAGCAGCAGAUUCGUCUCUACACAGGACAGUGCUGAGCCUUUGCUGUUCCGCUGCUGCAACCGCCCAGCCCCCACCGGCGCUGCCCAGCCCGCCUCCCCCCUAACCAGCAUCAGCCAGGCUGCUGCCACCCUCACCGCCCCCAAGCCCUGGCACCUCCGCCCCUCUGGGCACCCUCUGGGCCCGCUCUGCCCAGCUCGCUGCCGCCCUCACCCGCACUGCCCAGCCCUCACGGCCGGCCUUCCCGCCACACAGCCAGCUUCC